CACCCGGGGACGGACAGUAGAGCCCUUCACCGAGCUGCCUAGAGAAGCGCUUCCCCUCGCAACGGCGCACCGGAAGCGGAAGCGGCGCCCCGGCCACCCCCCCCCCCCCCCCGAGCAGCCAUCUUGGAAGCCGAGCGGCGGUAGCAGCCGAGAAGCUGCGGCAGGUGCGGUGGGGCCGAGUCCCGGUGCGGGUGCGGCUCCCAGAACGGCCCCCACUCUUCCGCACCCUGCUCUGGCGUCUACCACGGCGAAGCUGAACGCGGCGGCGGCCUCAGGGAGAGGUGCUGGGCGCUCGCUCGCGGGCUGCGCGGGGCCUCGGGCCCGCUCGUUCGCCCCGCCGGAGCCGGCCGCAGCGGCGGGCGGGGACUUGGGGGACUCCGCACGGCGGGUCCGGUUCGUUACGUCGCCUGCUGUGCCCCGACCCGGACCGGAGCGUCCCUUCGCGGACCCGAGGUGCUGGGCAAGUUGAGCUCUCUGGCCCACAUGGCUUCUGAAGCCAAGAACUUGGGGACAAUGCUUUCUGGAAGCAUUUCUUGGCCAUGCUGGACUGUAACCUUGUUCCUGGUGUGAGCAUUCUUGGAAGCAUCAGGCAAAAGCCCUUGAUUCUGCCAGAAAGAUGAGCAAUAACAGCAAUAAGAGAGCUCCAACAACAGCAACACAAAGGUUGAAACAGGACUACCUUCGAAUUAAGAAAGACCCGGUGCCUUACAUCUGUGCUGAGCCCCUCCCUUCAAAUAUUCUUGAAUGGCAUUAUGUUGUCCGAGGUCCUGAGAUGACUCCUUAUGAAGGUGGCUAUUAUCAUGGAAAACUAAUUUUUCCCAGAGAAUUUCCAUUUAAACCUCCAAGUAUUUACAUGAUAACCCCCAAUGGAAGGUUUAAGUGCAACACAAGGCUGUGUCUCUCCAUCACAGAUUUCCACCCAGACACAUGGAAUCCGGCGUGGUCUGUCUCCACCAUUUUAACAGGGCUUCUGAGCUUCAUGGUGGAGAAGGGCCCAACCCUGGGCAGCAUAGAGACAUCGGACUUCACGAAAAGACAGCUGGCAGCACAGAGUUUAGUGUUUAAUUUAAAAGAUAAAGUCUUUUGUGAAUUAUUUCCUGAAGUUGUGGAGGAAAUUAAACAGAAACAGAAAGCACAAGAUGAACUAAGUAGCAGGCCCCAGAACCUUCCCUUGCCAGACGUGGUUCCUGAUGGGGAAAUGCACCGUGGCCAGAAUGGGAUCCAGCUCCUCAAUGGGCAUGCACCUGCUGCCGGCCCGAACCUCGCUGGGCUCCCACAGGCCAACAGGCAUCAUGGACUCUUGGGCGGCGCUUUGGCGAACUUGUUUGUUAUAGUUGGGUUUGCGGCCUUUGCCUACACGGUCAAGUAUGUGCUGAGAAGCAUAGCACAGGAGUGAGGCUCAAGAGCCGCAGUCGACAGUUGCUGCUGAGGGACGCAGGGGCCAGAGCUUGGUGCAGGCGGAAUGGACAUGCUGCUGAGCACAGGACGGCCUGCUGGACUCCUGGGCUUCACUUUUUAAAAACCUUAAAAAGAAAGCAAAAACCAAAAUGUGUGAUUUGGAGAUUGGAGAUUCUUACCUCCCUCCAGAGGCUGAUGUGGACAAGAGCCACUCACGCUUUGGUUUUAUUGCUUAUCUCCUGUGUUGUCUUUUGGACCAGUUUAGUAAACCUGGUUUUUUUGUUUUGUUUUCCAUUUUAUUAGAUUUCGUCACUUAAAAAAUAUAAAACUUUAAUGCCUAUCGAAUAAAUACUCUGUGUGUUCCUA